UUUACAAAUAUUAAUAAAACUUUAAUAAAUAUUUGUUCAAAAGUUUAUUUGGAUUCAUUUACUCGCUUAAAAUUUAUUUAUCCAAAACUGUAGCAAAAUACGGUCAUUUUCGUUCUAUAUACACACUUAAAAUUUUUUUGAUUCGAAAAAAAAAUUUGCCAAGCCUGCAAUUUUUAAAUUUUAAUAACUUUUUGCUGGUCAAAGUAUCUCUAAGGUUCUCUUUCUGUCGAAACAUCGAAAGACAGAAGAUCAUCUUCUUCUACCUUUUAAUUUUCUCAAAAAAUAGAGAUGAAAAGCGACGGGAAGAGGAAUUGGCGGCCGAGAGGAAAGUUAUGUGUGCAACUUAACGGGGAUUACGACCUUAGCCACUUGAGAAGUCGCGGUGGUAAUCGGCGGUCUUCGAACGGGCCCACUCAAGUGCGGGCCCCUUGAGCGGGUCUUAAUCGAACGACGGACCCCGACGAGCUAGGCGGCUGGUCUAGCGUACGCUUGAUUCGCGCGUUCCGACGCGAGCCAGUCCCGACUUAGGACGCGAACGACUAAGGCUUAAUCCUAAAGACUAGAACCGACUGGAUCGCGUCGCGCGGACGAUCCGUCUCCGCCUCGACGUAACGCUCGGAGAAUCGAGAAGGAAGCAGCUGUCCCAAAAAAAGGAUGGAAAAGCCGUUGCAUCUGAUUGUGAUACUACAGCUAUCGUCCGCGUUCGCUUACAGAUACGAUCCUUGGUAUCGCGCGGACACGCAGCGCCCGGUUGACGUGAUCACCGACGUCGUCAACGAGCUCGGGGUGAGGAUCCUUCAGCAGUACACAACGCAUGGGAACGUCGCGUUCUCGCCCACGGGGGUUGCCUUCGUUCUGGCGGCGCUUUACGAAGGAUCCGCGGGCAGAGGAAGCCAACAGAUCGCCGAGGCCAUUGGUCUACCAGCUAACCGGGAUGUUACCAGGAUUGGUUUCAGGGAUAUUCAUCGACGAUUGCGAAGCUAUCUUAACGCUGACGGCUUCCUGGGUGGACUGACGCUAAGCAGAGAGAAUACCAGACUCCGUCCUGAGUAUGAGGACAUUCUGAAGUUUUACGGCUUCGAUCUGUCGAGUAUUGAGCAAGAGGCGAAUGUAACCGUUAGCAUGGGAGACUCAUCAGGUGCAACCAAGCUUCCGACAUCCACCGUCAGCACGAUCACGCUCCCGGAGAUGGUAACCGUUGGGAAUGUGUCGGACAUGACGACGACGACGACGACGAUGACGACGACGACAUUGACGGGUGUUAUGACAACGUUUCCUCCGGCUGGUGCGGAAGUAACAGUCAUUCCGUCGGACGCUACUCAGCAAACUGUUACGAUGGCACCAACGAUGAGCGCAACCGAUGUACAAGCGACUCCGGUUACAAGUGUCGGUACAGUUGUCCAAAACACGACGCAAUCGGUAAAUUCCUUAACGACGGUCACUUCCGGCGAAAGUGUCCAGACUCUGUCCACUGGUGCGGAAAUUGUCGCAAAUUCGCCGAAUGCGACGAUUACACCGAUGAUAAACGCAAACGGACAAACGAUUCCGACUACAACUGUGGUUGGAAUCAGUUCUGGCCUUCCUAAUGAGAACGUUCAAACGUCUGUAGGUACGGGAAUGACAACGGCACCUGCGAACGAUGCUGGCGUGACGGUACCGAUGAGUACCGAUAUCCAGGUAUCUUCAGCUCUCUCUUCAGCGAAUAGCGAGGUACCAGCGACAACGAAUUCGUCGGUUUCGAGCGGCGAGAUGAUGUCUGUCAACACGUCCACUCUCAGCGCGACCUUAAGUACCGUUAGCACGAAUUCGUUAACUACUGUGGUACCAGCAAUCUCGAAUAGCGCGAACGUGACUAUUCCGAGUCCCGUUACCGAAACGACGACGGCGAACGGCGCUACAUCAGCAUCGAGUACCGAAACAUCAAUAGACACCUCGGCCGGGAUGACCACCGCGAAUGAUGACCUCGCGAUGACAACGAUGACCAACAUUAAUGACGCUGUCAAUUCUGCGACGACCCUGGUACCGCCUGUUGGAAAUAGCUUCACGAAUUUUACAACAUCUCUCGUGGAUGGAAAUACGAUUGCGAUGAAUCGGAAAAAGAAAGACCUGACGGACGUAAUUAAUAGCAAUACCGUUAAAGAUGAGUCAACGGACGGAUCGCCGAAUCUUCGUAAGCGCAAAGCGAGAAGCCCGCGCGGAUACUUUUCUAGCUAUCCAGACGAAGGUAUCUGGAUGCAAAAUCUAGAGAUUUGGAAAUCGUAUAACACAGUAAACCCGAGUGACUCCUCCAUCGGAGAUUCAUCAGCGGAGAUGUCGUUUUUGGUGAACGGUUGCGACAUUUCCUCGGUGUCGGCUUCGAGAUACAUCGCCGUGUUGCCCUUUGCGUAUUUUCCAUCGUUGCAGGCUGUCGCGCUCGAAUUUCCUUUGGACGAUCCCCGAUACAACAUUAUACUUUUCAUGCCCACGGAUAAAACGGACACGCAUCGUCUGGCGAGGGAUCUCAGCGGAAAGUCAUUGAGAUUGUUGAGGAAGCAAUUACAGCCUACUUGGGUCAGGGCCACUAUACCUUCGUUCAUGCUGCGUGGUUUCGUCACAUUGACGUCAUUUCUGCAAAGGCUGGGAAUCCUGGAUGUGUUCGAGCCGAGAGUGGCCGAUUUAUCGCCCAUGACGUCCGAUCUCGGUGUAUACGCCAGGGACGUGCAACAGAGCAUAGGGGUCAAUAUAAGGAAUUACAUGAAACCCGAUCGGACCCAUUCUCGUGAGUCGUCUAAUGUCGUUCCACCUCGAAGGGACUAUUAUCGAUAUCUACCGCCAGGCAACGGUCUAUUCGAGAGAGCUGGGCCUGAACCUUUCACAGCUCUGCAUCCCUUUCUUUAUUUCAUUGUCGACACCGAGACCUCAGUGAGUCUAAUCACCGGUCGAGUGGACGAUCCGCUUAAUUCGAGAAUAUUGUAGGGAUAUAAUCUACGAAUUGCUAAGAUUUAAAUAAACACUCGUUUAUUUGACGAUACUUAUAAAUAAUUUUACAAUAUAAACUUCCUAUUAGCUCGCACACAAUUACUAUCAAGUACACGCAAUUAAUAUUGUGCUCUGUACAAAUUCCUAUAUGUAAAUAAAGAAAUAUAAAAGAUAGAAAAGCGGCAGUGAGCGUAACUUGAAAGAUAUGGGAUUGAGCAUUGGAAAAAAUAUUCCAAGCUAUCUCAUGCCGUACAACGAAGGGUAAACUUUUUAUACAUUUUGCUAAUUAAUAAAAGCAGAUACUUAUUAUGCAUUUUUUAAUGAAAACUAUAAGAAUCGAAAUUGCGAUUCUUAAUUAUAAACAUUCAUAUUUUUUAUUUGUUUUUAGCUCUAGUUACAUUUGUCUAAGUUACAAAAUCGACAGUGUCUAAUUUUGAAAUUGGUUUUACAACAAUAAAACAAUCAUAUAUGUAAUUUACAAAUUAACGAUUCUUUCUUAAUUUCUUUUCAGUGUAUAUGUGUUUGUAUAUAUGUGUAUAUCAUAUAUAUAUUUCCUAUGCAGAGGCAAAGUGGCAAGAAUGAUAACGAUAUAUCUUUGAAAGCUAUUGAGAUUACUCCUUUGAUCUUUUUAUUACACAACUCAGACUUCCCUUGUUUGUUUAGCCUUAAUCUAGCAAAUAUAUUAUUUCCUUACUUACUUUUAUGUAUAAAUACAGUUCAGUGUGCUGCUAUAAAUGCACGAGAUUUCACAUACGUCACUAAUAUAAUAUUUAUAUAUAGCGACCAGGAUCUUUACUCCGUGAGUGGCAGUGUAAAUGCAAAUAAAUAAAUGCAAAC